CGAAAAAAAAAGAGAAGAAAAAAAUCCCACCUCUUCAUAGCUUCUGAGGGUCAAGUGCAAGAGGUUUCGCGAAAAGCCACUCUGAUCCCCAGCAAUUCACCGAGCCAACACCACAUUCCAAACAUGUCCAGCUCAGAUUCUGAACGGCCGUCCGAGCCAAUGUCGCCAGACACCACCUCGGCGUCCAAGAAACGCAAGGCAGAGCUGGAAGAACUCGAAGUCGACCUAAAGGCACCAGAACCGCCCUCCAAGCGCGCCCGCCGCGCGCUCAAGAAGGGCAAGACCCUACCGCCCAAACCGACCAGCGACGACGAAAACGAAGGGUCCAAAUCCAAGAGCAAGGACGGCGCCUCAGACUCCGAGGCGGAGCAAAACGGGGAACCGAAGACGAAGAAGAAGACGACGACGACGACGACGAAGAAGAAGGAUGCCGCGGCGACCCGCUCCGAACACGGCGUAUGGGUAGGCAACCUCCCCUUCGACGCCACCCCCGCCGAAAUGCAAAAGUGGCUCGUCGACAACGCCGGCGGCGCCAUCACCGCAGAGUCCAUCACGCGGGUCCACAUGCCCACGACGACCAAGCACGUCGGCUGGCAAGGCACCAAGACGAACAAGGGGUUCGCGUACGUGGACUUUACCGACGUGGGCUCCAAAGUCGCCGCCAUCGCCCUCACGGAGAACGAGCUGCGGCAUCGCAAGCUCCUCAUCAAGGACGCCUCCUCGUACGAAGGGCGGCCCAAGAAGGAGGCGAACGCCGACGGUGGUGGCGACCAGAAAAACCCGCCCCAGGCGAAGAAACCGACCAGCCGGAAGAUCUUCGUCGGGAACCUGGGCUUCGCUACCACGGAGGAAGACGUCCGUUCUAAUUUUGAAAAGUGCGGCGACAUCGACUGGGUCAAGAUCGCGACGUUUGAGGACUCGGGCAAGUGCAAGGGGUACGGAUGGGUCAUGUUCCGCGAGCCGGAGGCGGCCGAGUGGGCUGUCAAGGGGUUCGUGAAGAUCAAGGAGGAGACGGAGACGGAGGAUGACUUUGUUACCAAGGACGCGGAUGAUGAUAAUGAGGAGGAGGAAAAAGAAGAAGAAGAAGAAGAAGAAUAUGGAAAGGAAGAGAAAGAGAAAGAGGAAGAGGAAGGUGACGACAAGGCAAAAAAGGAAAAGAAGGGCAAGGAGAACAAGAAGCAGCCCAAGAUGAGGAAGUGGUGGGUCAACCGCAUCAUGGGACGCAACUUGAAGAUCGAGCUGGCCGAGGACGACCAGACGCGGUACAAGAAGCGUUAUGGCAAGGACGCUGUGAAGCGACCGCAGCAGAAGACGGGGAAGCAACAGUCGGCGCAGGCUACGAAUGGGCAUGCUGGCGAUGUCGAGCCUGAGCACAAGGCCAAGACAAGACCGGCACCAGCCAGGGAGCUCAAGGUGCAGGAAGAUCUGAUGGUGGCACGGUUGACGGGUACUGCGGCCAAGCCUACAGGAACGAAAAUCACUUUCGACUGAACAGGGCACAAAAAAACGCAUGGAAGCGAUUCUUUUCUCUGUCCUUGGCCUUGGCGUCUCAUUUCAUAUUUCAAGCUUUCUCCGUCCCAUACCAGCCACAGAAAUUUAAGUGUGACCCAAUACCAUAAAAAAAAAAAGAAUCAGCUCUUUUUCCACCCAAGAUCAAAGGUGUCCAAUCUAGCUAUCCAUCAGCUGUGUGUCAUCAUUUUAGUACCGCGCAAGGAUCCACUGUCGACGGUCUUCCGCCGACAGUGUCGCGAGAAAGCUAAUCUCCGCCUCCUUGAUUGCGGCAUAUCUUUCCACCAGCUCCUCUCCUAACAGCGCUGCCAGUUCUUCGUCCCGCCCC